CACGCAGUCUUUCGCCCUAGCCACUGCUCUCUUCUCUUUUCUAUUGUCUCCCGGAAUCCGAGAUGAAGGUCAUCGCUGCGUACUUGCUCGCUGUCUUGGGCGGAAACCUCCAGCCCUCCGCCGAUGACCUCAAAACCAUCCUGGGAUCAGUCGGGGCAGAAGCAGAAGAUGAUAGAAUAAAACUCCUUCUUACUGAAGUCAAGGGGAAGGACAUCACCGAGCUCAUCGCCUCUGGUAGGGAGAAGCUUGCCUCGGUUCCUUCCGGCGGUGGUGUCGCUGUUGCUGUUUCUGCCGGUAGUGGUGCUGGUGCCGGAGCAGCCGCUGCACCUGCUGCAGCAGAGUCAAAGAAGGAAGAGAAGGUUGAAGAGAAGGAAGAGUCUGAUGAGGAUAUGGGCUUCAGUUUGUUCGAUUGAGGAGUUGGGGUUAUGAAAUUUCGCUUUUUUUUGGUAGGUAUUAGAGCUCCCAUUACGCGCAGUUGUUGCUUUCUAGUUUGAACAAUAUUGAGAUGAUUAGUUGUCAACGCUGGCAUUUUAACAAUUCUGUUAUCAUUUGAUUCAAUACAAUUUUUGGCAUUCUGUUUCUUCUAUCA